AUGAAGUUGUUUUUUUUUAAAAUCUACUUUACUGACUAUUCAGAUCACUGUCACGUUUAUAGAAUUUCAAACGAAUUAAACGCCAGACUACUCCAAGAAGGUUGGGUGGAUAAAGUCAAAGAUUUGACUAAAUCAGAGAUGAACAUAAAUGAAUCUACGAAUUUCACGCAGAUUUUAUCCACCGUAGAACCAAAAGCAUUAGAAAUGGUAUCGGAUUCAACAAAGGAAACCGUUUUGAAACAAAUAAGGGAAUUUCUUGAAGAGAUUGUAGAUACACAAUGA